AAGUUAUAAAUUAAAAGAGUGAUCAUGGAUACAAACGAAUCAUGCGUUCCACCUGGAUUUCGAUUUCAUCCAACAGAUGAAGAACUUGUUGGAUACUAUCUUAGAAAGAAAAUUGCAUCACAAAAGAUUGAUCUUGAUGUUAUUAGAGAUAUUGAUCUCUACAGAAUUGAACCAUGGGAUCUUCAAGAUAAAUGCCGGAUCGGAUAUGAAGAGCAGAAUGAGUGGUAUUUCUUCAGCCACAAGGAUAAGAAGUAUCCAACAGGGACCAGAACUAAUAGGGCAACAAUGGCUGGAUUUUGGAAGGCAACAGGAAGAGACAAAGCUGUAUACAAUAAAUCAAAACUUAUAGGCAUGAGAAAAACACUUGUCUUCUAUAAGGGUAGGGCACCUAAUGGACAGAAAUCUGAUUGGAUCAUGCAUGAAUAUCGUCUCGAAUCUGAAGAGAAUGGUCCUCCACAGGCAAAAGGAUGGGUGGUUUGUAGAGCAUUUAAGAAAAAAAUUACAGGACAAACAAAGACUAAUAAUAUGGUUGAAGGAUGGGAAUCAAAUUAUUUCUAUGAUGAAGCAACUACUUCAGUAAGCUCAAUAGUGGAUCCUCUUGAAUACAUCACAAGACAACCUCCUCUUCUUUCAAAUAAUAAUUUCAACAUGCUACAAAAUAAUCUACUAUGCAAACAAGAAACAUCAAUGGAAGCAGCCGAAAACAAUCUCAACUUUUCUUAUACAAAUUCAGAUCAAUUCAUACAGCUUCCACAGCUCGAAAGCCCUUCUCUACCACUUCUAAAAAGGCCAAUUAGCUCCAUGUCUCUCGUCUCCGAUAAUAAUCAUGAAGAAGAUGGAAGCAAAAAUGUAACGGCUGAUUGGAGAGCACUUGACAAAUUUGUAGCGUCUCAAUUGAGUCAUGAAGAGACAACGUUAUACGAAGAUGAUCAGCACAAUUGUUCCGAUUUGGGAAUGUUGCUAUUGCUGAGUGAUAGAGGAGAAGGGCCUAAGCUGAAUGAGAUCUUGAGUUCGAGCUCUGAGGAUUGUGAUAUUGGUGUUUGUUUAUUUGAUAAAUGA